UAAAAGGGCAAAUCAGAUUUGGAAGAUGUCAACGGGGUUUGUGCCAUGUGCUGUCAAUCUAGAUGAGUUGUCAACUCUCCUCAGCAGCCAGGAAAUGUACAAUGACCACUUGAUGUGCAGAAGUGUAAUGAAACGGGUACUGACCAUGAUGAGCUUUGGGCAGGACCUUACUGAGUUAUCGCCCCCUAUGGUAAAGCUGUUGGCUCACCCAGACUUGGUUGUGAAGAAGGUAGCUUGUCACUUCCUGGUGGAGUAUAGCCGUGGGGAGAAAGAACACACUCUGUUGGCUAUCAACACACUGAUGACAGACACCAACGACAGUAACCCCAUGACCAGGGCUUUGGCCCUAAAAACGCUCUGCUCAAUCCAGAAUGAAGCCUUCCUUGACUACUGUUUAAAAUGCUUACCCCAGGGGCUGCGGGACAAAAGUGCCCACGUGAGGCGAGUGGCUGUGAAUUGUUGUCAGCGUUUGCACGCAGUCUCCUCAGCUGCUGUUUUAGAAGUGGGUUUAGUGGACGAGCUCUACGGUAUGAUCCGGGACAGUGACCCGAUCGUGGUGGUCAAUACGCUGUCUGUGCUGGAGGAGGUGCUCAGGACAGAAGGAGGGGUGGUGAUCAACCAGAGCAUGGCUCACCACCUCCUGAAUACCCUCCCUAAGCUCACAGACUGGGGCCUGGUGACCGUCUUCUCUGUCCUCACCAAGUACUCACCCAAAUCCGAGGAGGAAAUGUUUGACAUCAUGAACAUCAUUGAUUCCUUCCUGAAGCAUUCUAACCUGGCAGUCUCCACCAGUUGUCUGAGAUUCUUUCUCUGUAUUGUGGCAGAGUUUGCAGACUUAAGACUAGAGGUGUUUAUAAGGGCCAGAGACACUGUCUUGUCAUCACUGACGACAGGAAACCCUGAGCUCACAUACACAAUACUGGAGCUGGUAGCUGACUUUAUGCCUGAAUGUAAAGCUGCCUUCACAGACUACACCCAUGCCUUUCUCUGCCGGCACAAUGAGGCCCCCUACAUCAAGGUGAAGAGACUGCAGUUGUUGGCAAGUCUUGUGACAGAGGCCAAUGUGACGGAGGUAGUGGAGGAGCUGGGGGUGAGUUGUACAGAUAUGGUCAUGGAAGUGUCAGCCGCAGCCGUGGCAAACCUGGGCGAUGUAGCACGUGCUUCACCAUCAGGUCUGCAAGCAUGUGUCUCCAAGCUUCAGGAUCUAGUGGAACUUAGCCUGGGCCACACGCUGUCUAAUGUGGUACAGGUUAUGGAGCAGCUGGCAGUGGACAGUACAGGAGAACUGGCCCCUAUCGUCCUGUCUCUGUGUGGGAAGUACUGCUUACUCACAGAGCCCCUGGGAAAAGCAGCGUUCCUCCACCUGCUGGGUCGGUACAGGCAGGAGAUACCUGAGGGGGCAUACAUCAUGGAGGACCUGAUAGACAACUGGUUAGAGCAAGCAGAUUCUCUCCUGAAAAGAAGCUUCCUCACAGCAGGCCUGAAGCUGUUCAGCUGGAGUCCUGGAGCAUGUCAGGAGAGUUUAGGACAGAUUCUGGAGAGCUGUGCCACAGAUGAGGACCAAGAUUUGUCAGACUCUGCCCACUUUUAUUAUAAACUCUUACAGUGUGAUGUUCAGAAAGCUAUUGGUAUCUUGGAAGGAACAUGAGAGGCCAGGUUUAAUGUAGUCUUGACUAUGAUAGGCCAAGUACAGUUAAAUUAUAAAUUUUUAAAAACUGUAUUCAAUGAGGCAGCACUCUCACUUGAUGAUGAUCAUCCAUGUCUUCAAAGCACAACUCAAAAUUCUUUUAAGUAUCACAAAAGGAAUGAUUAAAAAAAGUAUGUCAAAAUACAAUUACUUGUCCUAAUUUAUUAUCUGAUUGUUACCAGGUCGUUUUGAGAAUUAUUUAUUUAUUUGUGAAAAGGCAUUAUCAGGUGAUAUAAAAUACAUAUUUUUGCAUUUCCACAUUUCCAGAAUGUGUGACGACAAAAAUCAACCUCAGACAAGAAUUUUUAGGAUCUGCUUGCAGGGCAUAUAUGCCCUAUUUCUUCUCAUUUUUGGGACAGUUUUUUAGGCAGUUUCUUUUUUCUCACAGACUUAGACCAGCUAAUAAACAACAUACUCACAUCUUUUCACAUUUUUGAAAAAGCUAGGCAAUUCUUGCAAGCGGUCUGGUCAAGGAUGGGAAGUAAAAACUCUCAGACUGAACCCACAAAAAUGUUAAAAAUAAAAAUUACAAUAACUGUGUUGCAUGUACCAGAGUGGUAAAGUUCGUGAAGUCCUAUGUAUAUGGAUAUUGGCGUAUAAUCUCUGCCACAUUGCUAUGAUAGUCCAUGGCGGAAGAAAUGCUGAUGUGAUGUGCGCCUAUUAAUCGUGCGCUGCAGAGGCAGCUUUCUGAGCGUAGAAACAGGCCGUCAGUGAACACAAAUGUUAGGAAUUUGCGAUCAGCUGCCAAGACAGAGCUGACACAUUGAGAUCGAGAAUGGCUUCACAAAAUCUCAGCCCAUUUAUGUCCACUGAAUUAGUAACUCAGUUAUCUGUUCCAUUUUUUUCUCUCCCAUAACAUCAUGUGAGUUUAUUGUGGUUGGUGGCAUUUGUAUUGGACUUGUCUUGAGUGUGACAGUUAUCAACAACGCACGCACUUACCCGCCCGUUUUAUUUUAGUACAGGUGUUAUCAAAUAAACA